AUGAUGCACAUCCCUUGCUCCCUGAAUUCCACGCCGUUCGAGUCCUUAACCGAAACACUCGAAUUUCCGAAUAAGAGUUGGAAGCAAUGGUGGUACAAAACUGGCCCAAUCCUAGCCAAGCUUAUGAUAUCGUCAGACUAUAGCAUCGAGCAGCAACACCAGUAUCUUGAGUUCUACACCCGUGUCGUCGUCCCUUUCCUGGGACCCUAUCCACAAGUAGUUCGAAGUACUCUUACCCGGAGUGGUCUUCCUGUGGAGUUCAGUGUCAACUACCAGCAGCAUGGAAAGCAACCAACUGUUCGCAUAGCCUUUGAGCCCCUCAGUGGAGCGCGAGGUACCGAGACAGUUACCUACGAUCGAGAUAUAGCGAAGGAGUUUCUCUUCACCCUGUCGGAACUGAACUUCAAAGGGUUCGAUCCGCGAUUGUGGGACACAGUCUCUCAGAACAUACAUAUUGAUGCGACCGAAAAAGCCACGCUGCAAGAGAGCAACAUCGAUGACACAUAUGUGAGAACGCAAACGCUGUUCGGUUUCGACCUUGUCAGAGAUAGCCCUAUAUCGGUAAAAGCCUAUGCCUUUCCGGGGUUGAAAUGCAAGGUUUCUGGGCAUUCCUCACGUGAAUUAUUGAUCAACACGGUUAAAGACUUGCAGAGAGAGGUAGACUGCUCUGAGGUGUUUUCAAUGGUAGACCGUUACUUGCAAGAGUCUAACUCGUAUAGCCCGUACACUUUCUUCUCGUGGGACUGCAUCGAGCCGUCAAAAUGUCGCCUCAAAAUCUAUAUGUGCUCGGCUAGUAUGACGCGGGCGAAACUUGAAGAAGCCUGGUCCUUGGGCUCUCGGCUACAGGGCCCAUCGGUGGACAAGGGGUUACGGUAUCUCUUGCAACUAUUUGAUCAUAUUCAGAUUCCGGACGGAGAGCUUGAGAUCAAAGUAGAACAUGAUGACCGAAGCGACGCCUCCAAGACAACCCCGUUGAUGUGGAAUUACGAGAUGCGAGGCGGAGAUCUAUCGCCGUUAACUAAGAUCUACUUGCCUGUGCAUGGUGAGAAUGACCUAAAGAUUGCUAUCGGGAUUGCACAUUUCAUGAAGGAAAUCGGGAUGGUUGACAUGGGCAAAUCAUAUUUGGAUACUAUCCAAUCUUAUUUGUAA